GAUCACAUCCUUCUGUCAAGGAUGUAGCCUCCGUGUGUGGGUUUGCAUUUGAAAGCUGCUGAUAUGACUGCCUGCCUUUUCCCUUCUCAACAUGUCUGAAGCGAUUCACCUCUCUGUUUUGGUGUGCCUGCUCACAGCCACACUCUGCAGCGGCUCUAAUGUUUCCACUACAACUGAACAGAGAAUACCUACAACUGCUUCCACUUUAUUAACUACAAAGACAUCCAACGGCAGCACGCCUCAGCUUCAGACAACAGCUCACCAGGUCGCCACUGAAGCCGUUUCAUCUCCCCCCGGAACACAGGGAAUGGGUGAAACCAGUCCCAGCAGUCCCAGCUCCCGAACACAGACUACACUGAUCACAACGCCCAAUGCUACUGUUUUCCAAGAACACACGGCCUCACCGGCAUCUGGAACACCCAAUGUAACGACAAAUACAACCUUGCAUACAACCAGUCAAGUUUCCUCUCCCAUCUGGAUAAAAGGUGACUUGGGAGCAAACCCCGGCCUCAUAGCCAUCAUUUGCAUCUUCUGUAUCAUCCUUGGCAUGACGUUGGUGGUUCUGGCAGUAAAAUGUAUUCAGUCACCAAGAUCCAACUUCGAGAGGCUUGAAGAUGUGCCCUUGGGGAAGGUGAAUGAAGAGUCUCCAUUUGCGCAUUACUCCAAAUGAUGGAGGAAGCACAAAGGAGAAAAGAGAUCCGUCCGGUCUGCAGUGACACUGAUGUUUCUGGACAGACAUUACCACUUUCAGCUCACACUCUUAUUCGUUGGACUUUUGUCAUUGCAAGUGGAACAUUCCUGCAUCUGCGUUGACUUGUUUCUUUGCUGCUGGUAAAUGAAUAUUAAUCAAAAUUGUUAUUGCAUUACAUGUAAGGCUCCAUUUAUGUGGUUUAAAAGGUACAAAUGUAUUUUCUUUUUAGUUUUUCUGUACAAAUACUGUUGCAUUUUGCUUCAUGGACACUACACAAAACAGUUCAAUAACAUGCAAAUUAUUUUUUGAGGCAGUUUUUGGAAAAUUUCACUUUUAAAUUCCGUCAGAAUUGAAAGUUUGAAAAUGAAGGUUUAAAAUGAAUUUUUAUCCAUGCAAAUGCAUCUGGGAUUCUGAUGUAAAUAUAUAAUUUUCCACAGUUGAUAAUUUUUCCACAAUUGAAAUUUAUUUACGGGCAAAGUCAUUAAAAAAUCGUUUUCUGAAUAAUUGUGGUUAAAAAAUUGUUUUUUUAAAUCAAAAUGAAAAAUUGGAUAAACUUAUUAAAUAAACUAUAAUUGAUUCACUCACUCACCUGUAUCCUAUUGUUUUCAGUUACAGUAACAAAAAUUUAUUUUUUUCCCUGUUCUUUACAGAUAAUAUUUAGUUCCAGCUAAACGGUCCACCGUGUUCAAGCGUCCUAAUUGGCAGUGUUAAAUCUUUUGUUUAAGAAUGUCAAUAAAGUUAAGGAGGAAUGUAAAA